CGACAGUGAAACACCGUCUUCUGCUCUUGAACUUGUUGGGCGGAUACUCUUGUAAUAGCGCACGUCGGCCUGGUUGACCGUCGAAAGUCUUCGCAAAAGGGUACCGAAACUUCUCUACAUAUACAGGCUGACAUGAGGCUUUGCCGCGUAUUCUCGCUGCCUGUAUUCGUCGCAUGGUGCAUUCUUGACGGUCCACGGCCCUGUACGAGGGCCUCUGCAUUUCAUAUCCCAAAGGUAGUAGUCUCUCGAUGCAUUCGCAAUUCACAGUCAGCAACGCUGUCUUCAACGGUACUUGGCGUAAAAAUCGACAAAGGCUUCAACUUACUAGAACUCGCUGGGGGCGUGGUUCCACAGGGAAACCUUGUCAAAACGGCCAAGGAAGGUUGGAAGUUUAUCUGGAAACGAAUGAUGGCGGAGCUGGCACCUCAGGAUGAAACUGGAAACUAUCAACGACCCUCAUACAAAUUUCAGGGACGUCUCGGCACUACCGAGUUUCCUGACGAAGCUGGUCGAUACCAUUUGUAUUUGGGCAAUCCUUGUCCCUGGUGCCAUCGUUGUCUCUUAGCAGUGAACUUGCUGAACUUGAGAGAUGGUAUUUCACUCACGCGACUAGAGGACAAUCCAGAAAAGGCCUCUCGGGGUGGCUGGAUAUUCUCGGCGACUGAUCGUGAUCCCUUUGGAAACAAGGAUUUACGGGAAGUGUAUGAUCAAUUAUCACCAGGUUACCGAGGUCGUUGCACCGCCCCUCUACUUGUUGAUAAAAAGUCCCGGAGUAUAGUUUCCAACGAGUCGUCUGAUAUUGUACGCAUGCUCAACAGCGUACGACUGGGAGGAGAUCCUGGAAUACAGAGAUUCAAUCUUUACCCUGAAGAACUGACCCAAGAGAUUGACAAAACCAAUGAGUGGGUGUACGAUAUGGUGAACAAUGGCGUCUACCGCUGUGGUUUUGCAACUACUCAAGCCGCAUACGAUGAAGCGUCUUCAUCAGUGAGAGAGGGUCUUGCUAAGGUUGAAAAACAACUAUACAACCGGAACUUCUUGCUGGGAGACCAGUUUAGUGAAGCAGACUUACGACUUCUGCCAACAAUGUUACGAUUUGAUUGCGCCUAUGCACCUUUAUUCCGAGCAGGAGGGGCCCACUUACGUAUACGCAGCGACUAUCCUGAGAUAUAUGCAUGGCUCAAACGCUGUUGGGGCUUGGAGGGCGUCAGUUCAUCGAUCGAUCUACCUGACGCGUGUGGUUCCUACUAUCGUCAGUUGUUUCCUUUGAAUCCGAGUGGUAUUGUGCCAACACCAGUUACCGCCGCCAGUUUGGGGCUUGAAAGAUAGUUUCUCUCGCGAACAUAAAAGGAAGCGUUUUUAAUGCGACAAACUAAUUGAAUUUUUGCGAUGUGCUAUUUAAAGUCUAUAACAACCGUCACUCCCGGCCUUGAUAAAAAGAUGUAUAAUCUCUUACACUUUCGAAAUUAAAUGGAAAUGCUUUGAUCACCGCGAGGAUUAGACUUUGAAACAGUCGCGUAGUACUCUCCCAGUUUGGUUAAAUUUCCCGCUUCGUCAAACAAGGCGGAGGUGGAACCGGCCGGGAAUGAAGGCUUGAAUGGAAACCAAGCAUAGCCCGAAAUCCAGUCCUGCGCUUCAAGCCAGGGCAAAACUUCUUUCAUGAAAGCUAGUAUUUGCGCUUGUGAAUACAUAUUGUUUUCCGGUACAGUCGCGGUCCAAUCGGCCGGCGCAAACUCGGUAAUGAGCAGGGGACGUUUACCGUCGUAGAGUUCGAAAAUUUCACGCAUUUUUUCCUUAAACGUUGGAGCAUCUGCUCCUCCAUACCAAUGAAUACCAAUAUACUCCAUGCGGAGGCACUCGUUAUCAGCACGGGACAUGAACGUUUGCAUCCACUCGCCGGUACCAUGCGCUACCGAGGGGCUCGCCAACGGAAUUUGAGCCCCUUCGAGAAUCGGCCAAAAUUCAACAGCGGAAUCGACAAGCAUAUUCGACUGAUUAGGAUGAUCUGGCUCAUUAAAUCCUAGAAAUCGUUGGACUCGACCUGCUCGGUACUCUGGCAGUAUAUCCCUUUCGAUUUUACGCUGGACAGCCGCUGCUCCCCAUGCUCCCCAAAUCAUGGGUAAAAAUUCAAUGUUUUCCGGUUGUUGAGGAAUCCGAACCGAAUUCCAUGAAUAGUUCCAAGAGACAUUCAGAGCCAAAACUCUGGGAAGAUGCUCUACCCAAGAGCCCGGUCUUCCUGCUUCUCGAAGCGUGAAGCCAAUUCCCUUUUUACCGGGAAAUGGGGGCGAUGACAGAGGACCGGAACAGCCAGUUGGUCUGUUUGUGAGCGCGGUAAUUCUGGGCGAAGGCGUCGGAUUUUGACCAGAAAACGAGGUCAAAGGGGCUUCGUUGGGUGUUGACAGUGGUCUCUCAAUGGAAACCACCCCCGUUGGCUCUUGCGUGGGGGCCGGGGUCGGGGUCGGAGUAGGGGCCGGAGUAGAAGUCGGUGAGCGAAAGAUUGGAAAUCCCUUUAUUCUGUCCCAUAAUGGCGUUCGCACUUUCAUUCGGUCGCCGCUCCACAGCUUGCGAGUUUCUUGAUCUUCUUCAACGAUACUAUGGUGAAUUAAGGAUCUCAUUCUUCCCUGCAUCGCUCUUUCGUGUUCGAUUCGCUCAGGCGAGCGACUGGCGACUUCUAACGUCAUCUCUCGACCGUUGUUGCUAACUCUUCCAUGGAGUGCCGUGAAUGCGAUAAAGGCAGUGACCCAAACGGAUACCACCAGGAAGCCUUUGGCCCACUUGAGUGUACGAGAAACGUUUUCCAUGAUGAAGAUAUCGGAGGAAGAUUUU